AUGGCGACUACCCAGCAAAAAUUUCCAGACGUGCACUGGGUCUGGCAGGGAGGUAUCUCCUUCGUCUAUGAGGUUCAUCCCAGCAUCGUUGUCAAGGUUCCGAAACCUGGCGAGUUUGAAAGAGAACAAUUUCAGAACGAACUCAAGGUCUACGAGAUUCUUUCCCGACAUACGCCCUGCCCUUCAAUAGUGCAGUGUUUCCUUUACACAGACAACGGCAUUUUCCUCGAGUACAUGCAAGACGCCUCCCUCUGUUCUAGGAUCCAAAAGAAUCAUAUUUUGGACCGGCAGACUUUACGCGUCACAAAAGUAGAGAAACUGGAACCUCUCACGCUCCGAAAAGAAUGGAUGAAUGAUCUAGCCCAAGCCGUCGCUUUCCUUGAAUCGCUCAAUCUCGCCCAUGGUGACCUACGUCCCGAAAACAUCCUAAUAAACGGUGACCAAUUGAAACUUUCAGACUUUGAUUGCACAGCGGAAAUCGGGACAGAUUUUGAAGCUUGUAUCCCCCCAUACGGAAGAAUGCUCAAUAGCGACGAAGAAACCCAACGAGAAUGGGGAUCUGGCUUACUCGGUCCUCGCACGGAACAAUUCGCCCUGGGUUCGAUCUUCUACUUCAUCAACUAUGGCUUUGCGGUUUAUGGGGAUACACGUCUUACUGAGGAUCCUAAUAAGCAUGGGUGCAAGGUUGUUGAGUUACUACAGAACAUGCAAUUUCCGAACUUGAAUGGUGAUCCGUUACUUGACGACAUUAUCAACAAAUGUUGGCACAACAAGUAUGUUACCAUUGCAGAGCUGGCCACUUACACGGCGAAGCUCCUUCCUGAGAGCGACCCCCCGAGAAAUACUGACACCAAAGCAACAUCUCCCCCUAAUUGUCUUACCAACGAGGCAGCCAACCCAGAAAUAACCAACCCUGGAGAUCCCGGUAACGGCGACAUUGACCAAAACUGCUCGCCAGAGGUCCUUUCCAAGAUAUCGCUCUGCGAGAGCCUGGUGGGGCGUGGACUUCUUGAUAUUCUUUCUUCGCGGGAACCCGAGCAACUUGGUUUCACCCUCGAGUGGUACAGAUAUCAUACGGGUUGA